AGAGCAAACCGUUUCCCUUCUGCUGCUCACAACCCUUGGAAUACUCGCCAUGCCGGAGCGCAAAGUCAAGCGCGAGUUCAAGCCGGUUCCGGAUGUGCGCCCGGACGAUCCGGGCGCCGAUCCCUUCCAGAUCGCUCUUGCCCGCGAGCAAAGGGCGCGCGAGGCGAUGGUCGCCAUCGAGGAGACAAGGAUACUCGGCGAGCGACUAGCGCAUUGCUACCAGACCGAGGGCGUCAAUCACCUCGUCAAGUGCGAGGCCUUGGCACGCGCCUACUAUCGACGCAUCACCCGCUCAGGGCUGAAGGGGCCGGUGGAACUCUCGGAUAUUGAAUGAUGUUAUCGCAGUCUUCGGAGUGUGCACGGUAAUCGUGUUGCGUAGCACUGUGAUUAUCAAAACGGAUGCGUCUGUUUCUCGUCAUGUAAAGUUGGCCAACCUCUUUCGUGCGAACGCAUUUGAAUCAAAGAGGGCAUAAUGGUAUGCAGUAUACCAGUUUAUAG